AUACUUCAGGCAUGGAAUAAUAUUGAUCCUAACCUUAUACGAAAAGCUUUCAAGUGUUGUGAUAUAUCUAACUCACAAGAUGGCACAGAAGAUAGCUUAAUUUUUGAUUAUAAUAGACUUGGUCAAUAUACAAACUCACAUAAUCAUAUGUAUAUGCAAAAUGA